CCUCUACGAAGCAGUGAAGAAAAUUAUAGCGUGGUUUUUUCGGUAGAAAAACAAUUAAAAGUGCAACAAAUAGUGAGAAAAACAAAGUCCAACCAACUCUGUGAUUUAAUUGAGCGACUGACUCCGCGUCUGGUUAUCCUCCACUCUGAUCCUGAUUCCGCAGAGCCCCGUGCAUGCCCAGUCAGCGACGACCCAGCGACGCCCGAGCCCAAGCGAUCCGCGAGCCCAGCGAAGAGAUAUCUUGAUUUUUUUCGCCCCAGCCUGAAAGUGUCACCGCCAAGACGUACGUGCGAAAAAUGUUUUGGGACAAGGGUUAUGCGCCCUCCGCGAAUAUAGAGGCGCUGCUGGAGAAGGAGAAUUCCACGCUGGAGGAAUUCCUGGACGAGGAGGACAUACUUCAGGAGUGCAAAACGCAAAAGAAGAACCUGGUCAACUAUUUUACACGUCCCGAGGUCAUACGGCGACUGGUGGAGCUGAUCACAACCGAGCCCUCUGAAGAUGUGCCCAUGGCUCAGCGUUUCCGCUAUGCCAACAUGUCCUGUGAGAUACUCACACUUGGCCUGCCGUCCCUGGAUGAGAAGCUGCUGACCGAUGCGGAGACUUUGCAGCUGCUGUAUUCAUAUCUGGAAAAGGAACCACCGUUAAAUCCAUUGCUAUCAUCGUUUUUUAGCAAAACGUUUAGCAUGCUCUUUACCAAAAAGCCUGAACAAGAUUGGUUUUUGUAUCAACACAUGUGCCUACAACUCCUGGAGUAUAUUAAAUCGCAGAAGACCUUUUUGGAUUACAUUUGCAAACACUUUGACACACCGGUCAUACCUGAUCUGAUAAUGCAGAUGAUGAAGGACAUUGAGGGUGGUCAGCUCAAGCGGAAUCUAUUCGAAUGGCUAACUGAAGAUAAAAUUGUUGAGAGACUGAUUGCAAUAUUGCGUAAUCCUCAAGAAACGGACAAACAUGCUAAUGUUGCCGACUUUUUCUGUGAUCUUAUUAACCAAGGGCGUCUAAUGCGCCAAACCGAGCAGGAGAAUGAUUCAUUUGAGCCGGCCUUUGAGGGCUCCAAUCCCAUACUAAAGACGAUCGAGUCAGCGGAGACAAUUGAAGCCUUGUUAAAUGUGAUUUUGGAACCAAACGCUCAAGAGAGCGCCAUCUUAUCAGGAAUAUCGGUUGUACUUACCCUCAUCAAGCCAAUUACCUUCAAAGAUGAGCCCAACUCGGAUAGGCAGCUGCUCUUGGAGAAGCGUGAGCUUGAAUUCCAUCAGGAAGUGCAGGAAACUGUGAUCACUGUGAUGGCGCCCCGCCUUCAAGAAUUUGUUCAUGUGCUCAAGAACCCGCCUGCGAAACCCACGCUGGAGACCACGGCUGCUGUUCUGACGCCCCCCUUUGGCAAGACACGCCUUCAAGUGUGUCGUGUGUUUACCGCCCUGCUGGAGACCAAGCAUGAGACCAUUCAGCAAGCAAUCUGCUCCACCGAGUAUUUUAGCUUGCUGCUGGAUUACUUCAAGCAGUAUUGCUGGAACAACUUUCUGCACACCGAGCUGGAAAAGGCUCUUCAUUUGGUGUUUUACAACGAGCUGGCCAACGAUAAUACCGCUUCCACCGAGGUCACAGGCUUUCCCAGACCUCCAGGAUGGAUUAUCAAUGCCAUACUCAAUGUGGGCACAGAAACUGAGUUUGAAGAGCUAAUGAAUGCCCAGAAUGAAGCCAAACGAGCAGAGGCUGGCAAGGAGGAAGUGAAACAGCAGGAGGCUAACAUUGAAAUUGAAGAGGCAGCGGAAAAACAAGAGACUCCCAUAGAAGUGGCAACCGAAGCUAAAGCUUCUCCAGCAGAGGAGGCAGAAAGUGAUCUUGCCAAGCAGGAGAAUGGUGAGGAGGUGGAGGUAGAGGUGGAUAAAAGUGUACAAGAAGCAGAGCCAGAGCCAGCGCUCAAUGAUCUCGACAAGACCAAGACUUUGCCCAGUGCUCCACCCUCCGAAAUGCAAACCCAUUUGAUUGUCAACUGCCAGUUGGUGUCCAAGCUGGUUGACUAUUGGCAGCACAAUGCGCAGGCGCAAUCUGCUGAAAAGGGUCGCCGUCUGGGCUAUAUGGGACACCUCAUCAAAAUACUACGCCACGUCACGAAUUGUAUAUCUGCUUCUGAACAUAUCGCCGCCCUUAUAGCCACCAGUCUAAGCAACGAAGAUGAGCAAAAACUUUGGCAGUCGCUGAUUGAUGCGGAAGCCGGCGAGUUUACCCUGGCGGUCAAGCAGCAAACCAAACUGCUGGCUGACUGCAAUCCGCAUGAGGAGAACGAGUACAAUGUGGGCUCCAAGGAUUAUUUGGGCGAGACGAAUGCCUGGGAUAUUGGCACUUUGUCGUACAGCAACAUGGGCUACAGUGAUCUGGACAAUACGUUGCAGGACAUUGUCUUUACCAUGGACAACGAUCAGAAUCUAUUCCAGUUUGGACGCAACAUUGACGACGAGGAUGAUGACGAUGAUGAGCAUCAUGGCGGUGAUCACUCGGGCUCUGGUGAUGGCCAUGGUCACGGUCAUGGUCACGGCAUGUUCACCAAGAACUCUAUUACUCUGAACAACCUUGCUGAUCCUUGGGACAUGGACGUUCAGUUCUCCGACAUUCCCGGCGUGUCUGCCCAAAUCAACACUGGCACCGCCAACUGGGGCACGGACUUUAAUGCGGAUAACUUUGCUGAUUUUGAUGCGCACUUUAGCACUUUUGGCAGUGAUCUGGGCAAGCCAACCACUGCGCCGCCUGAUGAGGAAGAGGAGGAGCAGCAGGUGGAACAGUCUACCCACGCUGGAGAGCCAGAGUCUCAGGAGCGGACAACUCCGAGCACUGAUGAUCAGCAGGCUGAGUACGACAAUAAUGCCAACGUGGAGAAGGCUAUAAGUGACAAGUUGCUGGCCGAGUCAAGCCCUGUGGAGACUGCCUCGAUCGUGACUAGGCUGCAGUCGGUGCUGCUGGACGGCGAAGAGGACUACGAGGACGAUGAGGGCAUGUGGACCAAGCCCUUGGGUGGCGCCACGGAGGCCACAGAGCAGCCAACGCCCAUUUCGAAUGGACCAACCAGCAAAGUGAAUGAAUUCAACCAUGCCAACGACAACAGCAGCAGCAACGUGGACGGUCAGCAGCAGCAUAUCCACGAGCAGGCCAACAUCACAACAGCGGAGCAACAGAAACUGGCCGCUAGCGCCAAGACGAACAAUGUGGAAAUAGCCACAACAACCACAUAAAUAUGCAUCUCUCACCCCGCACGCACCAACGCAAUUGUAAAAAAAACAGAAAAAACAAAAUGCCUUUGAUUUGCUCUUCGGUCAUUCUUCUACAACAUAAUCAUGCAUACAUAUUUAUAUGGAUAUAGAUACCACAUACUACUAUAUACUAUAUACUACCUAUACGUACAUAUUUAGCAGGCUGCAAAGUACAACAAAUGAUUUGUAUUGUAUUAGCAAAAAGGCCGAAGCCCGCCCAAAAAAACCAAAAUGAAAAGGAAAAAAAAAACUCGAAAAACACAAAAAAAAACUUUAAGAAAACAAAACAAAAAAAAAAUUGUUCAAAGUAUGUUGUUGAUUCCUUCUGCUCCUCGCUCAUAUUGCCAAUUAUUUUAAUUAUUACUCCUCCUUCGUGUUUCCUAAUUAAGCCAACUUUGUAUUUUGUUUGUAAACUAUAUUAGUCUGUCGUCUUAGAGCGCCGCCACUUUCAAUACUCUCCAUGUGUUGGGCAACGAAUGAGCAUUACUUAAAGUACCAAAAUUCAACGCAACGUCUUAGAAUGCUUAGUUUUAUAUUAUAUUAUAUUAUAUUAUAUGAGGAUUAUCUAUCUAUAAAUAUAAUAUUUUAAAAUGGGGCUGUCCAUAUACAUACGUCCUUUGCCCUCAUUUUUGUUUAGAGGGGGAGUCCCGAGUUCGAGUCCCUCCUUAGCACGAGAAUAAGAGAUAUAUAGACAGCCCCCCCACCACUAUUAUAUCCCUGUAUUUUUUAAAUCGGAGACUUGUAUUUAUUGUAUUUUUGAGAACGAGAAAGCAAGGGCAAUGCCAAAAUACCAAACUAACAAUCACACACACCAAAGACCAUAUAAUAACAAGAUGGCUAAAGUCCUCAUUAGGUUCUUUGAGAGCGUAGAAUUCUUGAGAAAACCUGAGCUUAAAAGUAUCUCUAAAGCGGCCUCUAGUUCUGGUUUUUUUUAUCAUAAUUUGAAGAGAGCCUUGAACCAUUUGUAUGCCGUUACUCAUCUUGUUAUUAUAGGGUCUUUGCACACAUGCUGCAAGCACAAAAAGUACGCUAUACGCAUUAUGUAUUAGAGAGAGGUAAGCAGAUCUUUGCCAUUAUAUAUGACUUUGUUCGUAUACAAAUCGGUUAAACCAAAAAAAAUAUAAAUAUGCUUUGUCGAAAGUACAAAAACACACUGAAAGAACCUACUAAAAAUAGCAGAAAUGCAUAAAGAACGAAGGCAAAGUAGGGACUUGAAUGACUUACCCACACCCCCGAUCUACACAAGCCACAACAGCACUACCUAUAUGACUACUAUACACGAUUUCUAUAUAUUUGCAACCAGAACCAAACGAAACAAAAACGAAAUGAAACGAGAAAUUCAAAUGAAGACUUUCCAAGAAGACAUUUUAAAUUUACAUUAAAUAUAUUAAUUAUUUUUUUUGUGAAAGCUUUUUUAUUUGCUUGACGACGCAGAAAGAAAUAUGAGAAAGGAAAAAGAAACAAAUAUGCCAUCUUUUGCUUCCAAAUAAUUACAAUUUAAUUAUGUUUACAAAUAAAAACAGAAACUACUUUAAAAGUAAAAUCGAUGUUUGUUUUACACGAGACUUGCUCACCAAAAAAAAUAAGAAAAUAAAUAAAAAAAUAUAUAUAUAAAUAAAUAAAUAAAAAAUAAAAAAAAUGUAGACACGUAGCUUAUAUUUUAAGAUGGGCAGCAUAUCAGGCACAGAUGUGUGGAACCUUAAUAACACACACCACUUCUCUUACCCACACAUCCUAAGCUAAAAUCCUUGUUUGCUGGUUUAAUUAACAAACAUUUGUUUAGGAAACAGUAAACCAGACACAAUUUUGCACAAAUUUCAACUGGCUUGCCUUUUAUUUUUGCAUAAAAACCAGAAAAUGUAUCAAAAACAACACAAGUAAAAAGCAUAUUGAAACAUUUAAACUAUCUCUGAUGAAAAACUGUGAUAAUUAAAUGAAGUUGCAGGGUAUUUGAUAAAGCAAACUUAAUUUAAACAAAAAUUGUAAAACAUACAACAAAACACAGCCAACACAUACGAGACACUCACUCACUCACAGGUCAAGUUUAUAUGCAACACAAUCAGGCAACAGGACACGUCUAAAGCAAACCAAGAACAGCAAUAAUGACAACUGCAAUGAAAUCUAAUUGAACGAGUUUUAAUGUGUAGUCUGUAGCAGCUCCUUUCCCUAGCUUCUCUCACAAAACCAAGUACUAAAACUAAAACUAAACUAAACUAGAGUUUAACUUAAAUACUCAUAUCAAGCAGCGCCAAUUGUAAACCUUGUACAUAAAGAGAGCGUCAACAAUUGUCCCCAGUAUUGUCUUCCCCCUAGUUUUGGUACCCAAGAAGAUGACGUUGAUCGAGUCCUUCCCUUGUGCAUAUGCCUUACUAAGAAGAACGAAAGAUAAAACCACUUAGAGAGCCUAGUUAUAGCCCGUAUUCCCCUAGAUAUAUAGUUUCACCUACAUACUGUGUGUCUUUUAAAUGUUAAGCAGCUGCAGCAAGCUUGAUAUACGAAUAAAAAAUAAAACCAAAAGCGGAAUUAUAAUAAUACCUAAAAACAAAAAACGAUGUAGACAAAGUCUUGUGGGCAGCUUUAAGCAUUUUGUUUGUCUAAUUAUAAUAAUUAUAUAAACUUGAAUAAGAAUACCAAACGUCCAAAGUUUUUAUGCAAAAACAAGAACUAAGAACUAACAAUUGUGAACAAGAAAGUCUUCAGAAGAAACAGAAUUUUACACACACAUAAGAGUGCUGCAAUCCCGUUAAUUGUGUGUAUAUUCUAGAAUAUUUUGUAAGUGAGGUUGUAAUUGUAAUUUUCGUGGCGCAAUUAUUUGAGACAAAACGCAAGACGGGAUGAGGAAAAUUCUAUUUUUUAAGAAUGAUAACGUAUCGUACCAAAGACAAUAUAAAGAACAAGAUGCUUAAGCAAUAAAUCGUCUGUCGUUACGCAUCUUAUUCCUUAUAUUCCCUUUGUACAUUUUUUGGUCGUCUGUCUGUGUGUGUGUUCAGCAAUUCAGUAUUUCAAUUAAGCCAAUUCAAUGAAUACCCCCAAAAAGCAAUGCUACAAUGGUUUCCAACUGCGAACCACAGAUAAAGAAUUAAAUAUAUAUAAAAUCAAUCGAA